AUGUCUACCUCCUCGGGUACUCCCGAGUCGUGGAUCUCUUCCUUCUGCUCGCUGCUGGGCCACGAGUAUUUUGCCGAGGUGUCGGAAGAGUUCAUCGAGGAUGAUUUCAACCUCACUGGCCUGCAGUCGCAGGUUGCCAUGUACAAGGAGGCUCUGGAGAUGAUUCUAGAUGUCGAGCCCGAGGACGACGAGGAGGAAGAGGAAGAUGAGGAGGAAGAAGAGGACGAGUCCAUCGAGGGCGUAGACCGAAUGCGCUCGGGCGAGCGACGAAAUCACAGUCGGAUAGCCAGCGACCUGUCCGUCAUCGAGUCUUCAGCCGAGAUGCUCUACGGUCUCAUACAUCAACGGUUCAUAUGCUCCCGGGCCGGCAUUCAACAGAUGUCGGAAAAGUACGAGCUGGGCCACUUUGGUCAAUGUCCUCGCAGCAAUUGCGAAUCGGCCAGAACACUGCCAGUUGGCCUCUCUGAUAUCCCAGGGGAGGACACAGUCAAGCUGUUCUGCCCCGCCUGCCUGGAUGUCUACGUACCCCCUAAUAGCCGCUUCCAAACCGUUGAUGGCGCCUUCUUUGGUCGGACUUUUGGCGCUCUCUUUCUCCUCACGUUCCCGGAGUACGAUUUGACCAAGAGAGGAGCAGAAGUUCUUCAUGGAGGUCGCAUUUCAGAUGACGACAAGGAGUUGCUGAAUGGCAUGUACGUCAGCAAUAUCGCACCUGGUCUGGGAGGCGCCAAGAUCUAUCAGCCACGCAUCUAUGGCUUCCGGGUAUCUGAAGUUGCGCGAUCGGGUCCUCGCAUGCAGUGGCUUCGUGACAAGCCGGAGGAUAUUUCGGAACUAGACGAGGCUCGAAGAUAUGUCGAGGAGAACCCUGAUAGUGAGGACGAGGAUGAUGCAACCAUGAAUCUGAAUGGAAGACCUAUCCGUCGCCUCCGAGCCCGAAGACGAAAUGGCCCCAGUGGGAGCCCCAUGGCCAUAGAAACCAAUGGCGCCGAGUCGGAACUCUAG